GUCGCGCCGCGUCUCCUAACCGCUGGCCGUGAAAGAGCCACGUUUGCUACAGGGACGAGACAGACGUAGCCGAGAGACAGAACGGAGCUGCCUUCCGACCCGCGCAAGUCUGCAAGUUCGUCGCGAGGAUGCUGCGAAAGUGUCUGACCAUUUUGCCUCUGCUCCUGCUCGGCAUCUACGCCGACGAGAAGGAUGUCCUGGAGCUCACCGACGAGACCUUCGAGAGCGAACUCGAGCGUCACGAGAACACACUCGUCAUGUUUUACGCACCAUGGUGUGGGCAUUGUAAACGUUUGAAGCCAGAAUAUGCCAAGGCAGCUGAGCUGCUCAUAGGCUACGAACCAUCAAUUACUCUUGCUAAGGUGGAUUGCACAGAAUCUGGAAAAGAAACUUGUAACAAGUUUUCUGUCAGUGGGUAUCCAACUCUCAAGAUCUUUGAACAUAAUGAGUUCAGAUCUGACUACAAUGGUCCCAGGGAGGCACCUGGUAUUGUUAAGUACAUGAAGUCUCAAGUGGGACCAGCAUCUAAAGAAUUGAUUAGCGAACAGGCUCACAAAGAAUAUCUGGUGACUGACGAUGUCAGUGUAAUAGGUUAUUUCGAAAAGGAUGACUCUCCAUUGGCUGCGGUAUUCCACACUGUUGCCAAGAAGCUCAGGGAGAAAGUCAGAUUCGCUCACACAUCGACGAAAGAAGUUUUGGACAAAGUGUCCCACAAAAACACUAUUGUUUUAUAUCGACCAAAGAUACUCCACAACAAGUUUGAAGAUAAGAGUUUAAUAUACGAGGGUGCUGAGUCUAUCAGCGAUGUGAACGACUUUGUCACCAAGAAUUAUUAUGGUAUCGCUGGCGUGCGCACUCGCGACAACUCGCAGGAUUUCAAGAAUCCUCUGGUGGUCGCCUAUUACAACGUGGAUUACGUGAAGAACGCCAAGGGUACGAACUAUUGGCGCAACCGAAUCAUUAAGGUCGCCAAGGACUUCCCCGAGUACUCCUUCGCCAUAGCUUCCAAGGAUGACUUCCAGCACGAAUUGAACGAUUUCGGCAUCGACUACACCAAAGGCGAUAAGCCGAUUGUUCUAGUGCGAGAUGCCAAAAACCAGAAAUACGCUCUUAAGGAUGAGUUCUCCAUGGAGACGUUCGAAGCGUUCCUGAAGGAUCUGCAGGCCGGCGCUCUGGAGCCGUAUCUGAAAUCUGAACCGAUUCCGGAGAGCAACACGGGCAACGUAAAAGUCGCUGUAGCUAAGAACUUCGACGAUCUGGUCACCAACAGCGACAAGGACACGCUGAUCGAAUUCUACGCGCCCUGGUGCGGCCACUGCAAGAAAUUGGCACCGAUCUACGACGAGUUGGGUGAGAAGAUGGCGAAUGAGAAUGUCGAGAUUGUCAAAUUUGACGCGACGGCGAAUGACGUACCGGCCUCGUACGAAGUGCGUGGUUUCCCGACUCUCUUUUGGGUACCCAAGGACGCCAAAGACAGCCCGGUUAAAUACGAAGGCGGUCGCGAGCUCGAAGACUUCAUCAAAUACAUUGCCAAACACGCCACCGACGAGCUCAAGGGCUACGAUCGCAAAGGCAAUGCGCUCAAGCCUAGAACUGACGAGCUAUAAGACAUUAUCGAAUACUAUCGCGAAGUUUGUUUCUACAUUUCAGAAGGCAAUCGGAUUAACGAUCCGCGAGUUUUCCUCAUGUAACACACGAGUACAGUUAAGAAUCCGCGAAUGUGCAAAUAAACAUAGAAAAAAAUAAUGCUGAGUGCAGACAUAAUGCGUCUUCGCAUUGCGCAUUUUCAAUAAGUGAUAGAUGAAGAAUGUUCGUCAUAUAGGAAGUGCUUCUAAUAUUUAGAAUUGUUCAUCAUGUACUAAUUAUAUAUCAUGUAUUAAUUUGUAACGAUUGUAUAACGAUGUAGUGUACAGAAUUAAUUUCAAUUUUUUCCAUAAUAACAUGCUUCAUGAAGAAUGAAAAAUUAUAUAAAUAUAAAUCCACAUAAUUUUUUAUAUAUUAGAGAUACUGUUUAUUCAAACAUUCUUCAUCUUUCACUUAUUACAAUAUAUGUAUGAAGUAACACACACACACACACACAAACACUCCAUUCCAAUCUAGCGUGUUUCGACUAUUCUAAUACAGUGAUUUCUGUUUAUACGAGAGUCAAAAUAAAUUGUUUUGUACAAAA